UUGUCGUGAUCUCCAGCUCCGCCUCGUCCCAACCAGAACCGGAUUAGUCUUGUCGCAUGAAUCCCCAUCGUGCAGCCCACAAUCUCGAUAUCGCGACAACCUCCAGGCUCCCGGAUCUCUUUAUUCCAGCGUUCAGGAAUCUUAGCAUGGUGUGACUAGCGUCAUGACGGCAAUUCGACUCGCUACGGCAUCGAACGUUCGUAGCUUCCAAAAUCUUUUGAACGCCCUUGUCACGAGCGACGGCAAGCGGAAAGAGCAAAUUGACCAAGAAGCUCUUGAAGAUGAGUUUGGCAGGUUCAGAGUGUGGUCAGGGAACUUAGGAGCUUUGCAGAAGGGUCAUAGCUCCCUCGACUACCGUCUUCGUGACUCACCGUUGCUCUCUGGAACCGCCCUAAAGUUCCUGGAGGAACUCAACCAGAACCUCGAUGAAGCAUUUGCAAUAGUCUCUGGAUCUCGCUUGCCUUUCGAGAAACAGCCGAAGCCGGACUCAAACGAAGAGAAAGACGAAGAGGAUGAUGACGAUUUCUUCAGCGAGGAUGACGAAGAUGACGAAGCUGGCGGCUCGAAGAAAGAGCUGACGAUGCGCUAUGAAGAGGUUGUUGACGUAAUUGACAACCUCUACAAGUUGAGUGUCCGUAUCAGAACGCCCACGAUUCGGUCACGGUCUGCCAAGGCAGCUUCUUAUCAGCCGAAGGACCCUGAGACAGGUAUUGACAUACUCAGCACGUAUGCUCAGUACGACAAGCAGCAUACUAACGAGCUCCUCCGAAAUUUACGGCAACCUCAUGUUGAGAGUGCUCAGAUUGGAGACGACUAUCUUGUGUCCCGUUUGGCACAUGGCAUAACUCUUCGUCGUCGGCAGUUCAAGUACUGGAAACGGCAUCGAGACAAACUCUCGGUGUCCGCAAUACCUGAAGAGAAUUCGAUUCAGCCAAAGCGCACCGUGGAGCAAGUCAAUGCACUCUUACGCAACGAUACUGCGGAAGUCCGCUUGCCACAACCGGCCAUUGUGUUCAAAGAGCCGCCCAGCCAAAAGACCGGCAAAACGAUGCUCUCUGGCACAGAAGCAACACAUCAUCAUCAAUCGCUCGACGAUAUAGUCGACACUAAGUCUGUAACAAGCUAUGCUGUAACCGUAACCGAUGUCCACGGCAAAGGAGUCAAUCUACCUCCUCCGCCCAGAAGUGCAGACGGAGGAAAGGACUUUGAGUGUCCAUAUUGCUACAUUAUCUGCCCCGCCCGCUAUGGUAGAGGACGGCCAUGGCGUACUCAUCUGCUCCAGGACUUGCAGCCUUACGUCUGUACAUACCCAGAUUGCGAGGCGUCGGAGCAGCUCUUCCGCAGUCGCAGGGAAUGGAACGAACAUGAAGCCGGCCAUCGCAAAGCCUGGAGGUGUCCAGAGCAUCCUUCGGCUGUAUACGGGUCCCGUGUUGGACUAGAAGAUCAUCUUCGACGGCAGCAUCUUGACAGCUUUCCUGAACAUCAGCUGGAUACUAUAGUCAAGAUUGGCGAGACAUCGACGGUUGAGAUGCGCAAGAGAUGUCCUAUUUGCUUCUUGUCUGCAGAUGCAGGAGGCAUGGGCGAUUUUGCAAACCAUGUGGCCAACCAUCUUGAACGGUUUGCAGCAUUUGCUCUACCCAACAGCAGUGAAGAAGAUGCAGACGGAGCAAGUCGUGUCGCAAGUCGAGGCAGAUCUGGUAGCACUACUUCACAGGAUGUGAGUGGCAUGUCACUACCCAGUGACAUUUCAGACAAGCAGGAGCAGGGUGAAAAUCUGAUUACAGGGCUACAGAGGGUUGAUGAAGAACCACUCGUGUACGAGCAGGGCCCACAAGAUGCGCCUACAAGCCAUUUGCUGCUUUCUGCGGAGAGCUUGCUUUCACUUCCAGACGCAAGCCAAAACAGACUCGACAUGCUACUAGUGAACAGGACAGGUGAACAGGAUGACGAUGAUGCCGACGAAGAAGAAACCAGAGCGCCACCAGCUGACAUCGAGGAGCAUCAGGAACGUAUAGAAAGUUUCAGAACCUACUUGCUGUCUCUGCCAGGUGCUCAGACUGUACGAUUCUUCAAGCGUUAUGGUUCGUGGAGAGGGCAUGCUAUAUUCAACAAUGGCACACGGACCGCCCAGGCCAUGGAGCUCUUCGACAAAACGCUAUAUCCCGAAGUUAGGAUCCAACAAGGGUCUGAAGGUAACCGCAAUAAGCUCAAAUUCAGUGUACCAAACACGCAGGAAACCUAUUGGCAGCCUCCUACUCGACAAUUGACGUCCGACACACAAGACGCCGGCAACUUGAGUACCUCCUCGACUUCGAUAGUAUACGAUGAUGAAGAGACAAGUCACAGCAAAGAAGGUGUGUUAUCUGUCGCCGACAUACCGACACUUUGCGAUAUGUACAGGUCGCGAAAGUUGUUGCAGCGCGAUCAGAGCUUUGCUCCAAACGACUCGUACAAUCGACUCAUAUCCUUCUGUUAUUACGACCUUACAAGGAUCAAGGUGGACGCUAUCGUGAACAGCGCCAACAUUGCCAUGAAGGUCAGCAAGCACGCAACGACGCUCAACUACUCCAUUCACAAAGCUGGAGGCCCAAAAUUCUCAGAAGAAGCACAGUCGAAAGGAAGACUGAAGCCAGGGCAAGCAGUGCUGACCAGCGGCCACAACUUACCUUGCGAUCAUGUCAUACAUGCAGCUAGGCCGCAGUACUCCAAAAACAAGGGUAUGGGCCAGUUCAACAUCCUUACGGAAUGCUACCGCAGCGCUCUUAAGAUCGCGCUCGUUUCGGGUCUCAAAACUGUCGCGUUCCCUUGUCUCGGUGCCGGUGGAUGCGGUUUUCCACCCCGGAUCGCUGCCCGUGUAGCCCUUCAAGAAAUACGAGAGUUCCUAGACGCUCAUAUCCAGCAUCCUUUAGAGCGAAUCGUCUUUGUUGUUAAAAGUGUCUUGGACGAGAAGGCUUACAUGGAUCUGUUCCCAGUUUUCUUCCCACCUACACAUAGAGACCUGGAGGUUGCCAGAUCAUCCGAAUUAUCUGCAAGUCGGGCAUCACUUGCAGCUCAGGCCCUGGAAACACGUCUGCAGGUGCAGAAGAUUGCAGAAGACCUGUCUGCGGAGCUCAGCCUAUUCAUACCAGAUUUUCCAAAAGAAAUUAUGGAGGAGCUUCAUAGCAUAGACACCGCAUUGGCCUCGAUCAGAGGGUUCUUGCUUGGCCCAAAGAUCCUCAAACGGAGCUUGAACGAUUUGAACCUGCUUUGCUCCGUUAUGCAGAAUGUUUGCGGAAGCAUAACCGAGCUCACCGAAUCAGCUAAAACUAUGACGUUCUCCGGAGGUCAAAGUCACAAGGGACUGUGGGACGAUUACAACAAUCACAAGAAGAUGGUUCACGAUAGUAAUCUCGAGGAAUUUUUGAGAGACUGCCAGAACUUCGCUCAAUGUCUGGAUGACAUUCUAACACGCGAUGGCGUGGAGCUGGAUGAGAUGACGCCCAUGCGCCUGAGGCUCGACUGCUUCAAAGCCAAGCAAAGAAACCAGGAUACUGAAGGUAUCCGUGAGCAUCUUGAUGAGGUUCUCUAUACGAGAGAGUUCCAGCGCGAAAGUAACACUCAGACACGGGACGUCGUACGACUACAUCAAAUCCCAUCGGUAGCACAGCUGUAUUCUUCAAAAAUUCUCGAAGAGAAACCAACCAUGGUGCAGCCAUCUGCUGUAUUCAACCAUACAGUCUGUCUCGUCAGAGAGGAUAUUACGAAGUUGGAUGUCACCGUCAUGGUCAACUCUACCGAUAUGACGUUCGCCGGCAUGGGUACACUGGAUCGCAAAGUCUUCAACAAAGGCGGCUUCGAGCUUCGUGAGGAGUGCACAAAAUUCGGUGUAUGCAAGGAAGGUGAUGUUAAAACUACUCUCGGCUACAAUCUACCAGCGAAGCACAUCCUGCACGUGGUGCCUCCAGAACAAUGGAGAAAGGACAGCAAAGAUGUCUUGCGGCAGAUCUAUCGCGAGAUCCUGUACACUUCGCAGUCUCUACGGGCAACUUCGAUCGCUAUUCCUUCCAUCGGUACUGGGAUGCUGAAUUACCCGAUACGAGAUUGUGCAUCGCUGGCUAUGGAGGAAGUCAACCGUUUCCUCGAAACCGCGGAGCCUAGAAAUCCACUGGAGAAGAUCAUCUUCGUCGUAUACUCAUCCAACGACGAAUUCGUAUACAAGUCUCUCCUACCUGUGUACUUUCCACCGAUUGAUCAAAACGUCAACAGAGCUCUGCCAGCGUCGCACCCCUUCCCUACCAGCGCACGUCCGCCCCCUGAAUCGAUCUCUGCCCCCCGACGUACGCUUUUCAGCUCCAUUGGCGACGCAGUACGUAAUCUAGGCAGUUCACGCUCUGGAAAGUGACCAGUCUCUCACACUUCGCGUGCCAUCAACACCUACGAAGAACAUGCUCUCCUAGGCUUUGAAUCGCACGCUCAAGACUGCGAUACUUGCAAGACAAUGGAACAGCUCUACAUUGACGGUAAAGAUCUUUGCGAAUAUGGCUAUCCACUGGCACAAACACUGUUGUAGUACAUGAACCAGGAGCCAGAUCAGCUCGUGCACAUAAGGCCUGUGCAGAACAGACAAAGCAUC